AUUCAAGAUAGAAUUGUAGCCAUUUUCAAUGAAGAUCGGUGAUCAAAAUUGUUCUUUUUAAAGAGACAUUUUCAAGUGCAACAUGAAAGAAAAAUAUUGGAAUCACUUUGAUUUUGACAGUAUAAGGAAUAUAGUAUUUCAUGGUUAUUUGUAAUGGAAGCUUUGUAAGAUUCAUCACUUGUCAUGCACCCAACUGGGAACAUGGAUGUUGGUUUUUCUCGUUCCGCUGUUCAGACACUGUCAAGAAGCCACUGCAAAAACAUAAAACAAAAAAUUUCUCAGUGGGAAGGAAGGACUAAUGGUAUAUCUAAUCCAGCCAAGUGGCGUCCUAAAGACUUUGGAGUGAGAUAUAAUAAUUGUCACCAACAGAUUCUUCCUAAGAAAAAUUGUGUUCCUGAAGGUCAAAGCAAAAAGUUGGGUCUAACCAACUUUCAAAAUGUAGGUUUAGAUAUGAAUGAAAAUGCCAAAAGCCACCAUGAAAAUGGGGAUGAAAGUGAGAAUCAGGAAUAUGAUGACACACGCUGCUUUAAAAAUGAAUCAGAAUCCAACUGGGUAUGUUCUAGGGUCAAACAGAUUGAAAACUGGAAAGAACUUGUUUUGGAUCCAGAGACUUCAUUACCUCCAGGAAAUUUCUAUACCUCACAGAUAUUGUGGAAAAAACUAGAAGCAAUUCCCCCAGAUAAAGUCUUAAAUUUGACUUUAAAACAUUGUGGCUCUUCAGAAAAAGAAUUGAAUUUCAGAGUUCUGGAUAGUUCAUAUGGAAUAACCAAGAGCUUAGAAAAUAUUUACUCUGAACCUGAGGGGCAAGAAUGUAGACCUUCUAUAAAUCCUUUGCCAAAACCUCGUAGGACAUUCAGAUAUUUAUCUGAAUCUGGUGUUAUGCCAUGUAAAGAAAGAAACUGUGACAAAAAAUACUGUGAAAAUAAUUCUUGUGCAGAAUCUUCUUUGGCUUCUUCUCAGGAACCUGAACCAAAGAAAUAUGGUGGAAAAAUCAGAGGUAGAUCUAAAAGGAAAUCCUUUGAAUUUGAGGAUAUUCAGCACUUUCGAAAUCGGAACUCACAGAAGAUCCAUGAAGAACUUGGAAGAACUUCUGGUUCAGCACUUUAUUACACGCAGUCUGAGGAUAAUAUCUAUGAGGAUAUCUUAUAUCCCACCAAAGAAAACCCAUAUGAAGAUAUACCAGUGCAGCCUUUACCCAUGUGGAGAUCGCCUUCAGCAUGGAAGCUACCACCCCCUAAAAGUGCUUUCAGAGCACCCAAGCUUCCUCCCAAACCACAGUUCCUUCGGAAGACUAUGGAACUGAAAAGCUCCCAAGCUUAUUUACGUUCAAAGCUCACAAAGGAUACCACGUUGCCUGUCACUUUAACUGAAUGGAAACUUUUCCGAGCUGGAGAAGUUGCUAACAGGAAAAGGAGAAAUCUUCCAAGGCUUGUAUUGAAAAUAGAAGACAUUUUUGAAUCUAAGAGAGGGAAGAAGAAGGUAAAGUUACAUCCUUACAAUGCAAAGGAUGUGCCUCCCUCAAAAGGUAAGAAUUAUUUAUAUUUGUUUCAGCUGUCCAUAGCUGUCAAUCACAUAUUGUUUAGUCAGUGUGCAUUCAGCAGUGAACCUGUGAAGAUUGGUCCUGUGUGGGUCAUGACCUCGGGACUAGAGGGUCUCAGGGGAAAACCCUUGCUCUGUGAUUUUAUUACAGAUCGCCACAAACGCUUAGCACAAUUGCAGCAGUCUUCCAAGAGGAAUCCUCACUACCAGACCUUGGAGCGGGAUCUUAUUGAAUUGCAGGAACAGCAGCUGUUUGAACUGUUUGUGGUGGUGUCUCUACAGAAGAAGGCAUCAGGAAUAAGCUACAUUCCCCAGGUCAUACAGCAGUUCCCUAGCAAGGGUGAUCAUGGCUUUAAGCAAUCCAAAGACACUGAAGAGAGGCUCAAAGUUAUCCCAAAAUUUUGUUUUCCUGAUUCGAAGGACUGGGCACCAACCUCAGAACUAAAGAGUGAAACAUUUUCCUUUGUCUUGACUGGUGAAGAUGGAAGUCGGUGGUUUGGUUACUGUAAGAAGCUGUUGGUAAGUACCAGAUUUGUGUUAGUGAGUUGGAUUCUGGAUGAAGUAGAGAAGAGAAGAGAAAUGUCUCCUGCCCUUGUUUAUCCAUUCAUGCGAAGUGUCAUGGAAGCUCCUUUCCCAGCUCCUGGACGUACCAUCACAGUUAAGAGCUACCUCCCUGGGGCUGGAGAUGGGUCAAUUGAACUCUGCCGACCACUAGAUUCAAGAUUGGAACAUGUGGACUUUGAAUGCCUUUUUAAGUGUCUGAGCGUGUGUCAUCUCAUCCGGGUCUGUGCUUCUCUCCUCUUAGAGCGGAGGGUAAUAUUUGUUGCUAACAGCCUAAGCACCCUCUCGAAAUGUGGCCAUGCUGUAGUUGCUACACUGUAUCCAUUCACCUGGCAGCACACCUACAUCCCAGUCCUGCCAGCAUCUAUGAUUGACAUUGUGUGCUCGCCUACUCCAUUCCUCAUUGGAAUCCUGUCUUGCUCCUUACCACAGCUCCAGGAUCUACCCAUUGAAGAGGUGCUGAUAGUUGAUCUCUGUGCAGACAAGUUCUUACAGGAGGUGAGUGACAAGGAGCUUUCAUCCCGAGAGCCCGUGUUCCCAGAUACUCAACAUUUAGGAGAUUUUUCUCUUUUCUUUUUUUUCUUUCAUUUUACAGCAGAUGUGACACUCAAUUCUCUGGUGUCUGAAGCAUUUGUCAGGUUUUUUGUGGAGUUGGUUGGACAUUAUUCUUUGAACAUGACUGUCACUGAGCGUGGGGAGCGAGUAUUCCAAAGGGAACCAUUCCGUAAAUCUCACACAUCCCGAAGUGUACGCCACUUUCUUGACCUUUUCAUGGAGACUCAGAUGUUUGCAGGAUUCAUCCAGGACCGAGAGCUUCGGAAAAGUGGAGUUAAAGGUUUGUUUGAGGUCCGGGCGCUCCAGUACUUGGAAACAAUUCCUGAGUCUGAGCCCAGUGGGGUGAAUAGAAUUUUGCGGAGUCUUGGAAGCAAAAUGAAAUUUCUACAGAAGAAAUGAAAUCUUUACUUGAAUGUCUCCAUCCUAAAUAGAACAGAAAGUGCCAAAAAUAUAUUUUUUCUAAGGGCAGGAUGCAUUGAAAUAUUCUACGAAAUCCUUGAAAUUUUAAAAGGUUAAGGAGCAAGUCAGGCUCUGAAGAAGACGACUCUCCUGUUGCUGCUGAGUAAUAACUGAAGAACUGUUGGGAGUGAUCUGGAACUGAUGCUCAUUACUCUGCCUUCAGCUUUUCUAUUGUGGCCUUUUAUGGGCUCAUUCUCUGUGUUUUGUGUUUAGUCUGUGAAGGCAAGGGAAAGGCUUGUUGAUAUUGCAUUUAUCCAAUAGCUCAAAGAUGAGUGUAAUGAGAGAAAGGUUGAGUUUUAAGUACUAGAGAGGCCUGAUUGAAAUGGAAAACAUUAGCCUUAUACAUGUAAUUCUCAUCUCUGAAAUAUCAUGGCAGCUUGAAACCUAUGGGAGGUUGGAGCUUACAAACUGGAAUAUACUCAUCAUUUGUCUCCAUUCUUUUUUGUUUAAUGCCUUCCCGAGGGUAACCUCACUUUAUGUGGAAACCCUACUUUUUCAGUACUGUUAAUUGAGUUCUUUAUAAAAGUAAAUAUUUUGCAGCUUCUCCUCCACAAUGUAUGGCACUUGAAUAACUUAUCCCUCACAUGUUAGCAUUAAAUUUUGAGGAAUUAUAGCUAAUAUGGAAAUGUCCUUGCAAGGACAUUUUUGUGUGUUCACCAUUUGCCAUGCAUUGUAGUAUAUGUAUGUCUGUCAUCUUAUGCAAGUCUUAAAUUUUUGAUUUUGUGUCUCCAUUUUGCUAAUGAAGAAACUGUAAUUCAAAGAGGCAUAAUAAUUUGGCCAAAGUUAUGCAAUUCAGAGCUGAUGCUAGAACUUUUAUUUUAUGAACACAGAGAAAUUUGUUAGUCCUACAGAUGGAAAUUUGAACUCUGUAGGAUUAUAGCUAUUUAAACAGUUUUCCAUUAAACAUACUAGAGUGAACUUUCAGCUCUGAGGCUAAGGGAUUUUAAAUUACAUGGGCCAAGAGAGGGUUUGUUUUUGUGGUGCUGGGGAUAGAACCCAGGGCCCCUCACAGGGGCUCUACCAUUGGGCUACACCCCCACCAUAAGACUCUUCUUCGAUUCUCUUAAAUCAUUGGGCUUUUGACUCUAAUUAAAUUUGACUCUGAAUAUGAACAUUUCCUGAGCAUAACCACUUAGUCACCCAGAUCUUUAAUAUCAAAAGUAGAAGUGAUUGGAAAGAGGAAUUUGUCAGUGAUGGUGCAAUUUUCAUUGAUAAUAUUAUAGAAAAUGUCAGGUUUUUUUUUUUAACUUUUGCUCAUGGUUUUAACUGCCAUAGAAGAUAUUUAUUCAUAAUUUUAAAAUCCUUGUACAGUAUUGUCAUUGUAACCCAUUCAGGUGUGCUUGAAUGAAUCUGGAGUAGAUGCCAUUUAAGGCUGGUGCUGUGUAUAGUUCCUACAGAUAUGGGUCCAGGAAUAGAACUGAGCCUGUGUCUUCUAAAAUCUUGAUUAAGCAGCUUACACUUACCAUACUCCUUACCAUACUCCUCCCCAUUUAAUCUCUUCUUAUACUCUUAAGCCUGAGGGAACAAUUAGUAAUUGGGUGUUUAUACCAUGGGGGUAGAAAGGUUUACUGUGGUGGAUCCUGGUUAUCCCUCUGCAGGGAGACUUUGCUUCAGGGAUGAGAGUCUUACUCUCUUUCAGGGAUGAGUCUUAUGUUAUCCUUGCAAUCUGAAAGUCAGUUCCUUUCCUUGCUCUGUUAUAUUUUGUUUUCGUAAUGUAUUGUGAAUUCUGGAUACGUUUGUAAAAGAAUUGCUCAAGAUUUGUAUAAAAUGUUCUUUUAAUGAAUAAAAACAUUUUAAAAAACGCA